AUGACUUCAAAUUCAAAUGAAACAAAAACUAUUCUAAUUGUUGGAGGUGGUUUGGGCGGAUUAGCUCUUGCACAACUAUUACAACAAGAACUAUCGUCUUCGAUUAAAAUAAUUGUAUUUGAACGUGAUGCUGGCGAAGAUGUCCGUGACCAAGGCUACUUUAUUACGCUUCAUCACAUGGGCAUUGAUGUGCUCGAACGUAUCUCGACAGUUGAAGACGCUUUUUCUCAUCCAUCAACAAUGUCUUAUAGUCAAUAUCAAUUGAAAGUUGCAGAUAAGUCUAUGAAAACGACACUUGAAUGGACUUCAAGCGAACUGAAAGUUAUUGAUCGGGCCAUUCUACGACGAAGUCUACUUAAAAACAUUGAUGUUCAAUGGAAUAAACGAUUUGUUUCAUAUACGAUUCUCGAUGAUGGUGUUGAAGUUCAUUUUGAAGAUGGAUCGACUGCGCACGGUACAUUACUUGUUGGUUGUGAUGGGGCUAAGUCACUGGUACGAACUCAACUGAUACCAGAUCUACAACGUUAUUAUGCUGGAGUUGUUAAUGUGGCAGGCACUGUCGAACAAAAUGAAGAAUUAUUAAAUAUCAAACAGUUAAUAUCAAAUAGUCUUGUACAAGUACUUGGUGACGAAGGACAUGGAUUAUUCUUGAUUUCUACUGGACGAUUUUGGUUUUGGUCUCUUUCAUGGCCGAAUAAAAAUAGAACAGACGCAGACAUUUCUCAAACACAGUUGCUCGAUAAAGUUCGUAAACAUUUUAAUCAUGAAGAAUUUAUUCGUUUAAUUGAAAUGUCUUCAUCCAUACAUUUGAGUCCCUUAGCUAUCUAUUCUUUUCCACCGUCGAAAAUCAAUCCAUUUCAAAAUAAUCCACGAGUAACAUUACUUGGCGAUGCUGCACAUUUAAUGACACCUAAUCGUGGAAUGGGUGCCAAUACAGCUUUUGCUGAUGCAUUGGAUCUUGCGAAUGUAAUAUCUGUUGGUCACACCAAAUCUUCUCUUGCUGAGUACGAAGAGAAAAUGUUUAAGCGUGGUUUUCAGGCCAUUCGAGAUUCUCUUCAAAGUACACGCACUACACAUAUGCUAGGGUUGCAAGCUCAAAUACGUGAUUAUGUUAUUUGGUUUUUACAUUAUUUCAUUGCGUUGGCUAAUUUUAUUUCAAUUCCAUAUAAUUGGUUUUGGCACAGAAUAAACUAA